UUUGCUUGGCUUUUGUGAUUCUGUCCUUCACCUUCCUUGGACGUUGCAGAGUAUCAGAACAUGUCAGGAACCGAAGGACCCAGCCCGCACUAAAGCUGCAAUGGAUUAUCUGAGGCUCUUUUGCUUGGCUUUUGUGAUUCUGUCCUUCGCCUUCCUUGGACGUUGCAGAGUAUCAGAACAUGUCAGGAACCGAAGGGCUUCGUCCCCAGCUCUGCCCAAAGUGAAUACAAGCGAGCGUCUGAAGCAGCUGCGAGAGAAAAUGAGGGCUGAGGGCAUACAGGCGUACAUUAUCCCCUCUGUUGACCAGCACAUGAGUGAAUACGUUGCAGGUCACUUUCAACGACGUCCAUACAUAUCCGGGUUCACAGGCUCUGCCGGUGAUGCAGUAGUAACAGUGAACAAAGCUGGAAUGUGGACUGAUGGUCGGUAUUUCAAUCAAGCUGGUAUGCAGAUGGACGACAAUUGGACCUUAAUGAAAGAAGGUAUGCCAGGCACGCCGUCAAAAGUAGAAUGGCUAGCUAAGGAACUUAAAGCCAAUGAUAAAGUUGGGGUAGACGCCAAUCUUUUCUCCAUCGAUAAGUUCGAGACCAUGAAAAAGGAGCUUGAAAAGUCCACUAUAACAUUGACGGCUGUUUCCAGGAAUCUGGUUGACCAAAUAUGGACAGAAGGCAGACCACCUCUGAGCAACGCUACAAUAUUCGUCCUGGAAAUGCAGUACACAGGGAAGUCGUGGAAAGACAAAAUAAAAGAUCUUCAAAAUGAACUGACCUCAAAUAAUGCGACGGCGUUCAUUGUGUACAAACUUGAUGAAGUGGCUUGGCUGUUGAACCUAAGAGGAAAAGAUGUUCCAUCUAACCCUUUCUUCUUCGCGUUCGUCAUCGUCACCAAGGACAAAGUCAAAGUUUAUGUUGAAGACUCCAAGUUAACCAAGGAUGUUAGGGAACAUUUAGACAACGUUGAGUUACGUCCUUAUAACACAUCCGUUCUGAUUGCUGACAUUAAAGCAGAAGCAACUAAAGCCAACGCAAAGAUUUGGUUGAGCAAGUAUGCUAGCCCUUACUCUGCCAUGAACGCAAUAGGUCAGGAAGACAAGGUACUGUUGAAGGACUCACCCAUAGCAUUGCCAAAGUCGAUCAAAAACUCCGUAGAAAUCAAAGGAAUGAAGAACGCUUACCUUAAGGACAGCGUUGCUAUUGUAGAGUUUUUCUAUUGGUUAAAGAAUGAGGUGGCUAAAGGUAACGAUAUUACAGAAUUGUCAUCGGUGGCUAAACUGGAAGAAUUUAAAAGCGCACAGGAGGGCUAUAAGGGCUACAGUUUUGACACCAUCGCUGGGUUUGGUCCAAAUGGAGCUAUUAUUCAUUACAGACCGGAGGAGAGCACAAACUUGAAAAUCACAGAUAAGAACACCUUCCUUGUUGACACUGGAUCACAAUUCUUAGACGGAACUACGGAUACAACUCGCACGGUGCACUUUGGGACACCUACAGCUCAUCAAAAGGAUGCCUAUACACGUGUCUUGAAGGGUCAAAUUGACCUCGCGUUGACUAUUUUUCCGGAAACCACUCAAGGCCGAUUUCUAGAUGUUGUCGCCCGAAAAGAAUUGUGGAGAAAUGGCCUGGACUACAGGCACGGCACCGGACACGGAAUAGGAAUGUUUUUAAGCGUACAUGAAGGACCCCAGAAGAUAUCCGUUGGUUGUCCAAAGCCUUGGGAAAAACCUAUCGUUCCUGGAAUGUUCCAGUCAGAUGAACCAGGAUAUUAUGAAGAUGGAAAGUUUGGUAUCCGACUGGAAACAGUUAUCAUGGCUGUAGACGCUGAAACCAAGAACACCUUCAACGAUGUUAAAUACGUGAAAUUUGAACCUGUGUCCUUUGUGCCGUAUUGGAAGAAACUAAUCGACUUGAGCAUUAUGACUCCCGAGGAGAUUAAUUGGCAGAAUAAUUACCACAAACAGUGCCGGGAGAAGGUUGGCAAAAUGUUAAAAGACCAAGGAAAGGAGGACGUUUAUAAAUGGUUGCUACAAGAAACUGAACCAAUCUCCACGGAAGGAAGUGGUGGUGGCGCAGUAAAUGGUGCACAGGUGCUCGCCGUCUCUGUUAUAAAGAUCUCGUUUCCUUUCAUUUCCUUGUUUUCCCUUCUGUGAAAGGGCAUGUUAUCUGACGGAAUACUUGUUCCAAGGCAGUGAAGAUUUUCGAAAGUCAGGUAGCGUUAGAAUAGCCAUUUCAUGUAAUAGGAAGUCUUAUUUUAUCAUUUCAGCCAAGUUGUGAGUUUCAAUGAUACAAAUGAUGUAGCUCAAUUUGUUUUGGGUUGAAAACUUCUUAACCAAUUUGUUUUGGAUGUUCGUGUAACUCGGAUCUAUUUCCAUAAUCCGAGCCAAGAGGAAAACGAGACUAAACAAAAUUUUGAACUACAUAAUAUAACAUAGUAACUGAACUCAUUUUUACCACAGUUUCGUAGAUUUUGUCAACGUUUGUGUAGGGUGAACAAGGUAUCCUUUAUCAGCGGUUCUGCAUGGACUAGUUCAAAGUGUUUUAAAAACAGUAAUGCCUUUUUAUUCAGUUUUAAUCAUUUUGUUUUGUACGUGUACCAAGAGGAGAGGAGAACGCGAAAGCUCGUGCAUCUUAACGUACUUGUGGUAUCCGCUACAUUCAAUAAAGAUGUAUUCUUUAGCCUAA